CUCUCUGUCCUUUUCGCAGCUCUACGGACCGCAGGUCGCGCUCCUCGCCCCGCCCCCUCUUCCUUUCCUCGUCCGCGUUGGCGGUUCGCCCUUUCGUCACUUCCGGCGCGCGCCCCUGCCGGGACCCGGAAAUGGAGGAUGGGUGAGGUGUCGGAAUAUCCCCGGCAACCGGCGAUCGAUCCCGGGGAGACCGCAGAGGAGGCGAGGCAGUUUCCCAAUGGUAUGGCAUCUUCCAGUGUUUUCUCCAUGGAACUGUUAAGGAAUGCAGCUUGCAUUAAACAGCUGGUGUCUUCUGUCCCAAUGUUACUGUGUUUUAAAGUUCCUACUUCUUCCACUGGUUAUGGGGAUGAAUCUUGUGCCUUAUGAAUCUGGGCUAACCGUAAAAAGCUAGCUUUUUCUGUGGCCUAGUUGUCCUGAUCAGAUAGUCCCAGAAAUGGGUAGGAUCAGCUUCUCUUGCCUUUUUCCUGCUUCAUGGCACUUCAGUAUUUCCCCUGUUGGGUGUCCACGAAUAUUGAAUACCACAUUACGGCAAAUUAUUGUUACCGUUCUCCUUGCUGCUGCAUUUUUCAUAUUGUAUUACUCUGUUUUAAAAUACAGCUCCCGGGACAAAAAGCUGCACAGGUAUCUUGCACGAGUAACAGACACCGAAGCCACAGACACAAGCAACCCAAAGCUGAAUUACGGCAUUAUGGUGGAUUGUGGUAGUAGUGGAUCUCGGAUCUUUGUGUAUUGGUGGCCAAGGCAUAACGGCAACCCUCAUGAUUUACUUGACAUCAAACAAAUGCGGGAUGAAAACAGAAAACCAGUGGUUAUGAAAAUUAAGCCAGGCAUUUCAGAAUUUGCUACCUCUCCUGAGAAAGUUAGUGAUUAUAUUUUCCCACUACUGAACUUUGCUGCCGAACACAUACCCCGUGCGAAGCACAAAGAAACUCCUCUAUACAUUCUCUGUACUGCAGGGAUGAGAAUCUUGCCAGAGAGCCAGCAAAAGGCAAUCCUGGAAGAUCUUCUUACUGAUAUUCCAGUGCAUUUUGAUUUUCUGUUUUCGGAUUCUCACGCUGAAGUGAUUUCAGGAAAGCAAGAAGGAGUAUAUGCCUGGAUUGGCAUCAACUUUGUCCUUGGAAAAUUCGAACAUAUGGAUGAAGAGGACGAAGCAGUCGUGGAAGUGCACGUUCCUGACAGCGAAAGCAAAGAAGAAGUUGUCCGAAAGAGGACCGUGGGUAUACUUGACAUGGGUGGUGUUUCAACUCAAAUAGCGUACGAAGUCCCUAAAACUGUAAGCUUUGCCUCUUCACAGCAGGAGGAGGUGGCCAAGAACCUACUGGCGGAAUUCAACUUGGGUUGUGAUGCUCAUCAGAGCGAACAUGUGUAUCGCGUCUACGUGGCAACGUUUCUGGGCUUUGGCGGGAACGCUGCUCGGCAGAGAUACGCAGACAACAUAUUCACCAGCACAAUAUUGAGAAACAGGCUUCUUGGUAAACAGAUCGGCCUGACCCCUGAGACUCCCUACUUAGACCCUUGCCUGCCCUUAGAUGCCGAGGACGAAGUCCAACAAAAUGGGCAGAUUCUGUAUCUUCGCGGGACGGGAGAUUUCCACCUGUGCCGUGAUGUCAUCCAGCCUUUCAUGAACAAGACCAACGAGACGCAAACGUCGCUGAACGGCAUUUAUCAGCCGCCCAUCCACUUCGAGAACAGCGAAUUCUACGGUUUUUCCGAGUUCUACUACUGCACCGAGGACGUCUUAAGGAUGGGAGGAGAUUACAACGCUGCUCAGUUCCUCAAAGCUGCAAAUGAAUAUUGUGCUACAAAGUGGUCUAUUCUACGGGAAAGAUUUGAUCAUGGCCUGUAUGCAUCCCAUGCAGAUCUCCAUCGACUGAAGUAUCAGUGCUUUAAGUCAGCCUGGAUGUACGAGGUAUUUCACAAUGGCUUCGGUUUUCCCAUGAACUACAACAACCUAAAAACAGCCCUUCAAGUAUACGAUAAAGAGGUGCAGUGGACGUUGGGGGCCAUCCUCUACCGAACCCGGUUUUUACCUUUGAGAGACAUCCAGCAGGAGAAUUUCCGAGGCAAUCACCCCCACUGGCGCAGCUUCGCCUUCGUUUACAACCAUUACUUGUUCUUUGCCUGCUUCUUCGUGGUGCUGCUCUCCAUCCUGCUCUACCUGCUGCGGCUGCGGAGGAUCCACCGGCGAAUUCUGCACAGCGGCUCCUCCCCUGCCCUCUGGAUCGAAGACGGUCUCCCGCCUCAGAAGAUCCCCGGAGGCUUAUAAGCUGCUGACUGAAUCUCAGACCCUUCCUCUCAGGAUUUCUCUCGCGCGCCUUUGGAGAGCCAUGCCUGAGCCCCCCCGGUUGCAGUCUUGGAACCAAGAGGUGGAAUUUCCCUCUCUGGAGGAUUGUGGGAAAAGCUAGGUCAAACUUGGCUUGACAAGGCUGGGGGACUCUCCGCCAAAAUUAUUUUAAAGCUCUUAACUUUGAAAGCAAAUGCACUUUGACUUAGGGACGGGGACGGGGGGGGGGGCAGGCUGAAACGCAGGAGAAUGCAGUGAAGACUUUGUGCCAGUACGUGAAAUGGGAAAGUCGCAAAGAACUCUAUGUUCUGUAACUGUUGAUGGGCUUGUUCUCUCCUUUUGCUGUAAGUCUGCUGGUGAUGUUUUCCGGGAUCUGAAUGGUGGUUUGCUUAACCGACUCUUCUGGGCUGCCGGUUCACUUUUCCUUGCCAUGUUCUUGACCGCCACAGAGGAAAGGCCACUUCAGUCUCCUCCUGCUCUGAUUUGAAUAGCAGCAGAGACUUUAGCGUUUUACUUUCAAUUAUUUAUUUCAAGCAUUUUGACUCUUUCCUUUCUCCCAAAAAAGAAAUAGCUUAAAUAAGAGGGUAGAUAGAUCAGUAACAAGGCAGCCCUUGCCGCUACGGUCUUAAAAACAUGGCACGGAAGGGGAAAAAAAAAAUUGGAUUACCAGUUCUCAGUUCUAAUGUGACCUCUCAUUUUGAAUUAUGGGUGUCCAACCUUGGCAACUUUAAGACCUGUGGACUUUUUAAGACCUUGCUGGCUGGACAUUGAAGUCCGCAAGCCUUAAAGUUGCUAAGGUUGGACCUCUGUUCUAACAGGACCACGAAUAGUGAAAGCUCAGUCUCAAAAAAAGUUGGCAGUCCCGUCUGUGAAGAUGUAAAAUUCCCGUCCUUGCAAAAUGGCCUGCUAAAGAAAGCCUGGCAGGGCGUGGUGUUUCACUGCUGUUGGAAAUUGGAGGAUCAUAUUGCACAGUCAACCUCCCUGGAGUUUUCCUGUGUGCGUGUGCGUGUAGCAGUUGGUCUGUGUUCGGAACUUUGUGUGCGUGCACCUAUGUGGCAUUCUUAUGGUCUGACUGUCAUUUCAAAUGUUUGUGAUAAUAGAGAUUUGGGAGGGGGGUGGGUUUGGGAAAAACCUGAGUAGCAGUGGAAUGAUAACAAAUAUGCUGUUACUUUCUUAUUUUGGGAUAACAAAGCCUUUUUUUUUUACUUGAAAAGAAAAAGUGUGUCCGUGGUUGAAAACAACAUUGAUGUGAUUGUCUUAUGAAACACAAGAUUCCAUCGUCCUAGAAACCCACCUCUGGUUUGUGAAACGUUGCUCGAACAGUACCUGUUCCCAGCUAUUGAAGAUGGGGAAAAUAAAAAGACACAUUAAAAAAACGUGAAUAA